AUGGCAGCCGCGGGAUCCCGUCAGUUCAUCCCGGGCGCCCGUGCCCAGCAGCCGUACCUCAACCGUUUCACCCAGUUUUUCUUUACCGAACUCAACAGGGGCUUUUCCUCGCCGUGGGUUUUCUUCUCCUCGGGGGUCUUCUUCUUUUACUUCACCUGGCGUGUAACAGAGCGUUACAUCGAGGACUGUCACAAGGUGGGCUCCCGUACCUGUGCCAGCCCCACCCAUCGCAUCCCUAUGGCAGAGAGCCACAACCUCCUUUGGGGCUUCCAAGGCCACAACACCCCCCUCGACAAGGCGAUUCUCGAAGAACGGAUGCCCGAUACUAGUCGGUACUCCGCCUGCGGCGAUUCCGCCGCGCGGGAGGAGGAGUUACGGCGGCCCAUUCUCAUUCAUAGCGAGCCGAGUGAGCUGAGCACGCGCCCUUCACCGCGGAAUCCCACGGGAGCGGUGGAUUUGGUUUGUUUGGAGCUUUCCGAGUACGAUCCGCAGCUUCACGAUGAUGUGUAUUACCGAAGCUUACACUACGUCGCGAGGGAGAAGGGUGACUCCGCAUCUAGCGAGGGAGAAAGCGGAACAUUAGAAACAACUAAACCAACAACAACAGCGAAUAAUCCUGAACAGGAGAGGUUAUCAUCUUUGUCUUUUGCUCAUAACGACCACCUGAACUUCAUGCCUGGGGGCGAUGGAGGAGUAAUUCACGGCUUGACGAAGUGCAAAGGGGUAACCACGCUCAACAACUGCGUUCCACUUGGCAAACACCUUGAGACUGAGGUCUCGAGGAAACUUCUGCUGAGUUUAGCCCCUGUUCACGUCUUACGGGACGUGUCGAAGGUACUUUUGCCCGUGCGCUUUACCAAUGUUAAGGAGGUUCCAGUAGAGACUUUGGUGAUAGGUCUCCAUAGCAGCGAGAUGCCGCGAUGGCUUAGCAACACCUUUCCUAACUUUAAUGUGAAUGUGAUUGAGGCAGAUGGAACCUUAGUGCGUAUUUGCCACCGUUUUUUUGGAUUUCGUGAGUCAAACAACCUUUCUUUGCGCAUAGGGAACCCUAUUGAUUACUUACGCAGUCUGGCAGCUAAUUUAGUGGUAGAUAAUAGCGGAGGUAGUGGUAAGGUUAGAAAACGUUAUGAUCUCGUGCUGAUCGACGCAAUUGACGGGGCUGGACAGCUGAGCACGCAAUUUGGCCACCUCGAGGCGCUCAACAACCUCCGAAACUGCAUGAGCAGGAAUGGAUGUGUAGCUAUUACGUUACCGAAUAAAAAUUCGUAUUUUCUUUACAAUAUGGUUCAAAAUUGGCGUAUGGCGUUUGCCGGUAGGCCUGUAGUGUUGAUCCAUUGCUACACCGCACCCUACACGAUUCUAAUGACGUUCCAGGAUGAUGCGGGUCGCGGGAAGGCAAAUAUCGGCAGCAUUGCAAACGUACAAGAGUUCCAGGAUUUGCUCCGCGCACAUCUUAGGCACUACGGGCAGGAUCGUGUACAGUUCGACUUCACAAAUGAGAUCCACGAGGAUAACUUUAAAGUGUUGAUCCCCGGGGAGCGGUAUGAAAGGGCUGCAUUUUUACCUCAUGGGCAUCCGGAACUUGUGCAACCGGUGGGUGGAGGAGAAAAGAGUCCGUUGGAGGGAUGGAACGCGUGGUUUCGAAGGGCUACAGGGAAGUUUAUCACCCCAGGCCAGCUGGCGGACAUGCGUGUCAAUGAUAUUCUCAAUCGAUAG